AUGGGUGAGUCAGACCUGCGCGAUAAACAUAUUACGUUAAGGAGCUGGCAAACUCAUCUCAGAACUAUUACUCACAAUAAUAAAAGCUCUAAUGUUUGUCCACGAACUGCCUUAAUGAAACAUUGGAUGAGAUUAAAUUUUUCCGUCGACCCGGUUGGUAAGAUACCGGUUAAAGUUAUCGCUAAAACUUUUGCGUCGGGCAGAACCGAAAAGUUGGUUUACCAAUUUUUAUCCGAGCUCGGUUUGCCGAGCCAAAAAAACGACUCGAUCGAACCGAGCGACUUCACGUUCGACAAGUUUUACGCCUUGUACCAUAAAAUCUGCCCCAGGAACGACAUUGAGGAACUCUUUAGAAGCAUUACUCAAGGCAAGGCGGAAUACAUGAACAUAAACCAGAUGAUUGAAUUUUUGAACGAGAAGCAGCGAGAUCCACGUUUGAACGAAAUUUUGUAUCCUUUGUACGACGAAAAAAGAGCGGCAGAAAUUAUAGAUACAUAUGAACAGGAUGAGGAAUCUCGAAAAGAAAGAAGACUUACCAAAGAUGGAUUUACAAGUAUAAAUACUGAUAAAACCAAAUUUUGCUUGUUUGGAAGAAAAUCAAAAUUAAAUCUUAAUGCCUUAAAUAAUGUCAGUAUUGUGAUAAAUAACAUAAAUAUUAUGCCUGUAAACCAGAUUAAAUACCUGGGUGUUAUAUUUGACAACGAAUUAAAUUUCCAUGCUCACGCAGACUAUAUAUUGCGAAAGUUUUCUAAAAAAGUAAAUUUUAUUUCUAGAAUUGAUUUUUUUGCCUCUGUUGCUUCAUCUGCGACUUCACCACAAAAUAAGCACAAUAUUUUAAAAUCAAACACAUCAUUCCCUUUUUUACGAGGUACAGUUGAUGGCGUUGAAGGUCCAGUCUCUUCAAGGCGACGUUUAGCUGCUGCAAUUUUACUAGCAAUAUCUGGAUCCAAGAGAUGA